UCUCCCGCACAGCAAGGGCGUCGUUUUCGAGGAAGAGGGCGGGACCAAAGAUUUUCCCGCAGGAGGAUGAGUUCAACACGGAGUGUUCUUCUUCUUGUCAGUAUUGCACUGUGUUGGUUAACGUGCCUAGCUGCACCCCAGGCAGAAUUUUCUGGAGACCCUGGUUUGCAACAGUUUGUUCGGAAAAAUAAGCAAUUUAUCACCGGGAUAAAGGCUGAUAUUGUUGCACUGAAUGGGCUUGUGCGUAAAGCAUUUGGCCUUGGCAGUGACACAGAACUGAUGCUGAUACAGAAAAUCCUGGGAGUUGAGGAAGCUGAUGUCUCCCAUUGCCGGCAGGACCCCUGUGACAUGGAAGGAUGCUUCAAUCAGAUACUGGCAGGCCUCCAAACCUACUCUGGCUAUCUCUCACACGUUAGCCAAAUCCUAACAACUUACACUGACCGAGUAGUUAAUGUUCAACUGGAUGUUUCUAACUUGUCUUCCAACAUUCAACGGCAGAUGGAAGAAAGCAGCCUGACCAGCGUUGUCUAUCCUCAGGCAGAAAGUGUGCCUAAAUUUGUGGAAGUUCAAAGAGAAAUUGGAAGCUACCUGGUCCUCCGCAAUCUCCAGAAAUUUAUGGACGAGAUUUUCCGGGCCCUAAGGCACUGUGGUUCAUGA